AUGGCGGCGACCUGCCCCAUCCCGCCCGACGAGGAGGAGCGCCUGAAGACGCUCCACGACCUCGACCUCCUCGACGUGAGCUACGAGCCGUCCUUCGACCGCAUCACGUCCCUCUGCUGCCAGAUCUUCGACGUGCCCAUCGCCCUCGUGAGCCUCGUCGACGCCGAGCGCCAGUUCUUCAAGUCCCAGCGGGGCCUGGGCGAGGUGCGCGAGACGCCGCGGGAUUUGGCGUUCUGCGCGCACGCGAUCAUGCCCGACGCGCCGGACGUCAUGGUCGUCAACGACGCGCAGGCCGACCCGCGCUUCCGGGGCAACGCCCUCGUCACGGACUGGCCCCACAUCCGCUUCUACGCCGGCGCGCGCCUCGGCUUCACGGGGAGCGACGGCGUCGUGCACCACAUCGGCACGCUCUGCAUCAUCGACACCGACGUCACGAAGGGCGGCUUCGAGGGCGCGCGCGCCGAGUUCGACGGCUCCAAGGUGACCAUGCUCGAGGAGCUCGCCCACGUCCUCGUCGAGGCCAUCGAGCUCCGGGGCUACAAGAGGCGAGACGCCAAGGACGAGCCCGGCAAGAAGCGCAAGCUCGACGACGCGGCCUAG